AUGGUACGUAGUGUAAAGAGAUGCUUAAGAAAGGUACUUGGAAAUGCCAAGGUAUCCCAUGAUGAACUAUGUACUUUACUGGCAGAGGUAGAAUGUGUGCUCAAUAAUAGACCCCUGACCUACUUGUAUGAUGAGCUUGGUGGAGAAGUCCUUACCCCAUCUCAUUUAGUCAUGGGGAGGAGGUUGAACUUGUUGUCAUCAGGCAUAGAAUAUAGGAAUAAGAACAAAGAAAAUCAGUCGUCUUUAACUAAACGGUUCUUGCAUUUAACCCGAUUAUUGAAUCAUUUUUGGAAUAGAUGGAAAAAAGAGUACCUUGUAAACCUUCGGGAGUCACACAAAAUGGUGAGUAAUAAACAGCAAGUAAUCAGAACUGGAGACAUAGUAUUGGUACAAGAUGACAACUUGAAAAGAGGAGAAUGGAAGGUAGCCAAGGUGGAAGAGCUAAUUGCAGGGAAAGAUGGACAUGUUCGCGGAGCAAAGGUACGCAGAGUCGGAAAGGGUAAGUAUGAAAUAUUAAAUAGACCUAUUCAAAAACUGUACCCAUUUGUAGACGCGGGUGAGGAAGUUAAAGAAUCGAAAAAAGAAGGGAACGUAAUGCAUCAGGAAGGAAAGAAGCAAGAGAAAGGGAACGCAGUUGAGGGGAGAAGUGAGAAUGAGCAACAGGACCAAUCCCAGGCACACCAAGCCACAGGGACCCGAGCUACUAGGGCAGCCGCUAGGGACGCACGUCUCAAAACUAAGUUAUUGCUUGACUCGUAG